AUGGAUGAAGUUGGUACAGGAGAGUUGCAACAACAGCAGCAACUCAUCAAUAAUUUGGGACAGAUUGAGGUCUCCCAGGACAAACGUAUACAAGAUUUGGAGAAGCAGAAUUCACUAAUAAGAGCAAGGGAAAGUAAGAUUUCUCAAGAUAGUAAGAAAAAUCUUCAACGGGCGUUUGGAGCUGAAGGUCGUAUUAAAGAUCUAAAUAGUCAAAUACGAUCUGUAAAAUAUCAGAUAAAUAGUCAUAAUUCAAGGGAAAGUAAGAUUUCUCAAGAUAGUAAGAAAAAUCUUCAACGGGCGUUUGGAGCUGAAGGUCGUAUUAAAGAUCUAAAUAGUCAAAUACGAUCUUUAAAAUAUCAGAUAAAUAGUCAUAAUUGUAAUUAUGUAUUAAAUAAAAUAAAUUAUAAAAAAUAA